AAUACCUCCAACUAAACCCAGGAGUUGAAGCUUUUCGAGCUACUCGUGAACGCACCGUGCCGUAGUGUAGUGCUGGGCGCUGCAGUCAGCAGUCCAAACGGACCUGCCUCUUCAGACAGAUAUCAAUGCGUGUCUCCGCGCCUCGGUGUGCUCUCAGCCCGGCAGGACCGCUGUGUGACAGGAUGGAGGACAUCUGCUGUCAGCUCAUUGCACCGGCUGCUUCACUGUCAGCUAGGACUCUGGGUGCUCUGCGCGUCUUUUGACAGAAACUACACCGUCGGGGGAAUGCUAGACAAACCGUGUUGUUAUACACAUAUAGUUUGGAGACUUAUGAAGGUUAGCAACAUUUAGAGUGUGUUGUAAAACUCAAACACCAGCUGACCAGGAGGUGCUUUUGGUUUCCACGUGGAUUAAUCGACAGUUGUGGUCGCCUCUGACUUUUUUUCUUUUUCUUCCACAAACCGCGAAGCUGUCAGUGUCAGUGGAGAAACGGAGCGAACACGAUGCACGCGAGCUGCUGUUCCCCCCGAACAUGUGCAACAAGUUACCGCGUGCACACACCGGCCCACUGACCGACGUUAGCCGCGCCUGGAGGUCUGAAAAAGGCUGAAACAUGUUUAUCUUGUGGGUGCCGGUUAGCUUAUUCCUCAGCUUCAUCAUUUCUCAGACGUGGAGCGUUCAGAUGUCGUGGGAUAACUGGGACGCCGAGCUGCGCAACCGAGCGAAUGAGUUCCAUAAGCCGAGCUCUCAGCCACACAUCGUGUUCAUCCUGGUGGAUGAUCAAGGCUUCCGGGAUGUUGGGUACCACGGCUCCGAGAUCAAAACCCCGACUCUGGACCGGCUGGCCGCCCAGGGAGUCAAAUUGGAGAAUUACUACGUGCAGCCGCUGUGCAGCCCGUCCCGGAGCCAGCUCAUGACCGGCAGGUAUCAGAUCCACACAGGCCUUCAGCACUCAAUCAUCCGAGCCACCCAGCCCAACUGCCUGCCCCUAGAAAAUGUCACCCUGCCCCAGAAGCUCAAACAAGCGGGCUACUCCACCCACAUGGUGGGCAAGUGGCACCUGGGCUUCUACAAGCGUGGCUGUCUUCCCACACAGCGUGGCUUCAACACUUUCUUCGGCUCUCUGCUAGGAAGCGGUGACUAUUACAGUCACUAUAAAUGUGAAGGGCCCGGUAUGUGUGGCUACGAUUUGUAUGAAGGGGAGGAGGCAGCUUGGGAACAGGACCGCGGCUUGUACUCAACCGUGAUGUUUACUCGAAAGGCUAUCAGCAUCUUAGCCAAUCACAACCCUCGCAGACAACCCUUGUUUCUUUACUUAGCCUAUCAGGCGGUUCAUUCCCCGCUGCAGGUCCCUGCCCGCUACCUCGAGCGCUACAAGGGCAUUCCAAAUUUGCAUCGUCGUAAGUAUGCCGCCAUGGUGUCCUGCCUGGACGAAGCUAUCCACAACCUCACGUUGGCGCUAAAACGCUACGGUUAUUAUGACAACACAGUUAUAGUGUACUCCUCAGAUAACGGAGGCCAGCCCUUAGCAGGUGGAAGCAACUGGCCCUUGAGGGGGAGUAAAGCCACCUACUGGGAAGGGGGGAUUCGGGCGGUGGGCUUUGUCCACAGUCCCCUGUUGGUGAACAAAGGGACAAAAUGUCGAUCUUUGGUCCACAUCACUGACUGGUUCCCUACGCUGGUGACACUGGGUGAGGGGACUUUAGACGAAGAUCUAAGUCUGGACGGGUAUGAUGUCUGGGAGGCUAUCAGUGAAGGCCGUCCAUCUCCUCGCCAGGACAUUCUUCACAACAUUGACCCAAUCUACAUCAAAGCCAAGAAUGGUUCGUGGAAGGCCGGUUAUGGCUUAUGGAACACAGCGAUCCGGGCUGCUCUCCGGGUGGGCCACUGGAAGCUUCUGACGGGUAUCCCAGGCUACAGCGACUGGGUGCCCCCGCAGACCUUCUCCAACCAGCGGCUAACCAAUCGCUACCAUAAUGAGCGUGUCCGUUGGGACCGGGGAAAUUCCAUCUGGCUGUUCAACAUCACAGCCGACCCUUAUGAGAGAGUGGACCUGUCCCAGCGCUACCCUCACAUAGUGAAGAAGAUGCUAAUAAGGCUAGCGCAGUACAACAAGACUGCAGUGCCUGUACGCUACCCGGCGAAAGACCUGCGCUCUAACCCUCAGUACAAUGGGGGCGUGUGGGGACCCUGGUACAAAGACGAGAGGGAGGAGCAAGAGGAGGACGAGAGAUACAAUAACUUGUUCACCAACCAUCUUGGAAAAAGAAGGUGGAAAAAGAAAUCAAAGAACAGAAAGUUGAAAAGGAAGGUAGAAGAGUAGCCUACCACAUUUGUGAAAGACUUUAACUGCCUUUUCUCAGGGAUUGACACUUCCUGUUUCAGGAUUGUCCUCUUUAGACAUUCUAUCUCCAGUUAGUUUCAACUUGACUCCACUAUAUACUGUAUGAAAAACAAUGUGGAUGGACCUUUUGAAAUGCCUCAAAGGAAUAAGAAAAAUAUCCUCUCAUUCAAACACUGUUGUCAUGCAUAUACACAACUAAGACCUCAUGUUAAAGUUAGGGGCAUUUAAACAUACAAUAUGUAACUUUCUGCCGCUAGGGGUCUCUCAACCAAAACAAUGGAUUGUAAACACGGACUUUUGAUGAUGUUGGGAAGUUGCGUGGAAUUAUGGGAGUUGUAGUUUUUAUUGUUAAACACCCUUGCUGGUUAGAAUGCAUUCAAGUUUUUUCACGUUAAAUUUAGUAACGUUUAUUCAUGUCAUUCUAAUAAAAUAGCUGCAUUUCCCCCAACAUAAUUACGUUUUUCUUGAUUCGAUCUGUAUUGGUAGCUGACCAGUUAGCUAGUGAGCCAGCAAGCUAACAUUAGCUAGCAGCUACAACCACAGUGACUAACAAUAUAUUUCCCAUGUCAAUUUCACCUUUUGGAUGGUUUAAACACCGGGCGGACGGGGUUUGUUGUAACACUAGCUAGCUAGUCAACGAGGCUGAAAGACGGGUGUGGGUGGGGAUUGCUGGGGGAAUCUCCGGGACGGUGAGGACGUUCGAUGGCCGUUGUGCAGCAGCAGAACAUCUCCGAGCUGCCCUGAACGAACUCCCCCUUCACUUUUCUUUAAUCUUAACUAUUUGUUUUGGUGCUUAACCCACCUUUUGUCGGGUUGAUUUAGCUAACUGUAAAGACAGCUAAACGCGAAGGGGGGAGAAAUUCGGCAGGGAGGAGAUUUUUGGCACGAAUACCGGUAGCGCUAACGGAGACGUAGCUAACGUUAUUGAUGUCCGCUGUUGUGACUGUUUCCCAACGCUUCAUUAAACUGCCGUUAGCAUCGUUAGCACCCAGCACUGGAGUUAAGUGCUGGCUGGGUACGGAUUGCUGUAAUGGUAGUUGCUGGCUGCUAGCUGGCUGGGGGCUAACGGUAACUAGCUAUUGCUACAUGUCCCGGGGCUGUUGUCAGCUCUCAUUCCGAAUGAAGUAUCUUUGCGCCGGGGGAGUGAGGCAGAAACCGGGGUGUGCUAGCUGGCUAAAUUAGCAUUAGAUUAGUCGUCUAUCUAUAGGCUAACAUUAACAUUACUG